AUGCACAGUAGGACACUCUCUUCUAUUAUUAUCUACUCUUAGUUACACUAUGAAGAUGCUUUAGAAAACAGAAGAAGGCAACUUGCCAUCAAUAUUAAAGAAAGGGCUAUUUAUCUGGGUCAACAAUUAUCUGAAAUAGCAGAUACUGAAUUAAUUGCAAUUCAAACUUGUGAAACAGUUGCUGACACUCAUAAAACAGUUUCUAAUGCUGCUAUUACUCAUGGUGAUCUAUCAGAAUAUGACAAUGAAAGCAUGUCUACAAUGAAACACAUCUUGACAAGUAAAGGAACUUCAUCAGACAUUCACCUGCUUGUGGUGGGAAAAACUGGCCAUGGAAAGUCAACUUUUAUUAACAGCUUGAUAGAGUUACAAAGAGAGAUUGCAAAAGAGGGAGUAGAGGCAGACAUGUGUACGAAAUCAUGUCACUCUUACGUUCAUCCUGAGCUGUUACGCGGUGUCAAAGUGAGGGUUAUAGACUCACCUGGUUUGCAGGACAUACAACAGCAGUACAUAGAAGAAAUAAAGGCUCAUUGUCAGGAGGUUAGCCUUGUGCUCUAUUGCAUGAAGAUGACCAAUCACAGGCUUGAUAGCGAUGAUACGUUAGCUCUCCGUAAACUGCAUCAAGCAUUUGGUUCUGAUUUUUUGAAGAGAGUUGUAAUUGUGCUCACUUUUGCUAACAAAGAAGACUGUGAACAGAGGGAUAGCCGAGACGAGGAAGAUGAUGAGCCUCCAUUUACAGAUGCAGAUGGAUGGGCGAGAUUAUUAAGAAAGAGGUUUGCUUAUAAAGUGCAAGUGCAUGCAACUGAUAUCAAUGCUUUCUUAAAGCAGCGUCUACAGAUUGAGGAUUUGGUGGUUCAAGUUGUACCAGCAGGCUAUUAUAAGCCAACAUUUUCUAAUCCUAACCCAAUGAAGCUUCCUGAUCGAGAGAAUUGGUUACAUGACUUAAUAAAAUUUGCUCACUCACAAAUUAAGAAAAAACAUAAUUUUAGCUUGUGGAAUUUAAAUGAUAAGAUUCAUUUGGCUAUCAUAAUUGAUAAUCAUGGUGAAGUAAAGAAAGAAGAAGAUGGCACUAAGACAAUUAAUGAUGAUGCUCAGAAAAUCAAACAAACACUUAAUACCCUUGGGUUUUGUACCCUCUAUUUUAACUCGCUCAGUUCUCAAUCAAUCAACAUUCUGCUGGAAGUGCUCCACCAUAUUGAUCACUCUCAGUUGGUCACAUUUGCUUUCGUUUUCCUUUCUAAGGGCAAGACCAGACACCUUUAUGAUUGCAACAGCGAAAUAGUUGAGGUUGACAAAAUUUUUGGGUGCCUCCAAAAUGAACAGUCCCCCUUUGCUCAAUUACCAAAAAUCUAUUACUUUCAUUUAGCCCAUGACCAAGAGCCCAAAGAGAAACUUCAAGUUUUGUCUAUUCCUUCUAAAAAUUCUAUUCUUCUCAUAACGUCAGUAAUCCAGAAGAACAGCAGUGUGGUUCUAGACACUGUUAAGAAUAACCUGAAGCAGGGGGCCAGCAUACAAAAAUGCUUCGAGGAGAUUCAAGAAGAAUUUAACAGAAAAGAUGACAUAAAGGUUUCCUGCAUGUACAUUGAUGGUUUUACCGACAAAUUUGUUCUACCUACACCAUAUGAACCUUUCAAUUUAAGAACACAGAAAGAGUACUACAAGAAGCGGCUGGAACUAUACCACUUUAUGUGGCACCCAAUACGUUCCAAGACCAUCAGUGCCAUAUCAAAAAAUAAAGAUAAAGUACUGUCCAUAGUCCACAGUGAGAGGAUAGCCAGAAUAGCUGCAUCAUCAACCAGUCUAGUACUAGGAGGUGGGAUGAUGGUCCUUGGUCUUGCUCUGAUUCCAUUUACACUUGGUGCAUCAAUAAGUCUAUUAGCUGGUGGUGGUGUGGUUGGGGCUACUGCCUCACUAGGAGGGGUUGGAGCAUUAAUGGCUAGAAUUAUUUUAGAAAAUAAACAACUGAAAUCAGCCCAAGAGCACCUUAGCCUUGAUCAGCAGUUGAGUAUUAGUAUCAAUGAAAUUGCCAUGAAGUAUAAUGCUGCUAUGGUAAAGUGUACUGAGUCUGCUGGAGGAAUGGCAGGAAGUUUUGCAGCUGGAGGAGCCCAGAUUUUUGCUAGUCUGAGUAGGGCUGGUAUGAGCAUUACUGUUAUAGAGUCGGUUGCUCAGACUGGAGCUAUUGCUUUACGUACUGGAGCAUGUGUUGCUGGUGUGGCCCCAGCUGGGAUUUCAUUAGCAGUGACAGUACCUAUUGAUCUUGGAAUAAUUGCAUAUCAUAGUUAUCAAAUACAUGAGUCUUCAAAAGAUAAAACUGGUAAAGCUGACAGUAAUCAAGUGGUACAAUGGCUCAUCAAGCAAAUUGAAGACAUACUGAGAGGUACUUGUGUCACUAUUGAAUUAAAACAGAGAAGGAGGACUUGAAUCCACAAUUGAAAUUGCUGACUAUGGAUAUGAGUUGAUUGUACCAGCUCUCACUGAAGAGCAGUUAGCCAUUAAUGUUCGCACUAUAUUCUGUGGUCCUUUUACUCUACCUGAUGGCUGCACUGUUGUCAGUGCUAUAUACAAUAUUGCACUACCAGGAGAGCUACCUCCAGAUUUUAAUGCCACCAUCAAGCUAGAGCAUUGUGUUGAUCUUAAUGAUGACAUCACUGCCAGCAAAAUGUGCUUUGCAACUGCCGCCGUUGAUUUAGAGAAGAAAGUCUUUGCAUUCAAUUGCAUUGAUGGAGGGACUUUUUCUAUGGGAGAGACGUAUGCUUCGUUAAAGAUCAGUAAAAGCUGUCUUAUUUGUGUCUUGUACAAGGGAUCUACGAGAGAUACAUCAGUGAAGUAUGCUGGUCAAUGUUCUUAUGUCAAAGAAUAUAAGAACUGCUGGACUAUGAGUAUACUAUUCACUAAGCACCUAAAUGCUCAUUUAAAGUAUGCACAAUCUGAGUCAAUUGGCAUCAUUGAGUCUCACUCAUUUUUGUUUACAGACAGGAAUGAUGGCCAAGAGUUAUCAAUGGGACUUCAUAAGUUUAAAAAUUCAAUGGAAAGCAAUGGAUGGAAGAUAUCACCCCUCUCUCUCAUACCUAAUGAGAUAACAAAAGCUGAAAUUGAUUCUGUUGAGUUACAACAAGAUUUUCAUAAGCUCCAGUCCAGAAUAAUUCCAUUGAUUGAGUUCUCAGUUUAUGUUGAUGAUGAACCUGCAUCUGAUGAACUAGAAAAGCAACUUGACAUUGAAGGCACUACUUCAAAUAUUUUUGUCAAGAGACGAAAGGAAUAAAGAGAAUAACAACGAACAAUGGGUGCAAUUUUUAUUCUUAGAUGCAUGUUAGUUACUUUUAUACUUUGUUGGUUUUUAAUUUAGAAUUUCUUUACAAAAACAGUUGCAUUUUUCUCGGU